GGUUCAUUUUUUGUCAUACAAGCUGCAUUUCAAAAUGCUGAAGUUAGACUUAAUAUGCAUAAAUUUAGUGCUACUUGUGUUAAAUUAUUUUUCAAAACACACAGAAUCUUACCAUGUACAAUACUCGAUGUUAGAAACCACAACUCUAAAAUCGGGCAGAAAAUCAAAUUACCAUAUAAUUAACUCGAAAAUCUUAGAAGAUCUUCAAACAGCAGAAUUAAACUUAAAUAUGAAUAUCCCGCAGUGUCUAUUGGGAUAUGAAAGACGUGGUGAGAUUUGUGUACCCAUCUGUGCAGUACCUUGUAGAUUACAUACGUUUUGCUCAGCACCAAAUACUUGUAACUGUGCGCAAGGUUACCACAAUGCAGGAAAUUCUUCUGGAGAAUGUGUGCCUGAGUGCAUGACAACCUGUGGGUCUAAUGCUCACUGUAGGAAACCAAAUGUUUGUGCUUGUAACACAGGAUACGUGCUGGUUGAUUUGCAAAAAUGUGUAAAGCGUUGCAGAUCCGAUUUCUUAUGGAAUGAUAUAGCUCAAGAUUGUAUACCUAUAUUGCCAGCGGCUUCUCAACUUAUUGCAGAAGAAAUGGAUUUGUACUUACCUGCCGUAAACGAAAAUGUAGCUUUAGUAUCUGAUAAUAAUUUAAACUUGCUAAGCCGGAAUAAUAGUUACCUGACUUUGAAUGCUGACGUUGUGACGAAUACAACUGAUGGCAAUGAUCUUGUCAACACAAAAAAUUGGUUCAAUAUUUCGACAUUUUUCGUGGGUUUUGGUACAAUAGUCACGAUAUGCCUUCUAUUGGUUAGUUUACAGUAUUACAAAAGAAUGGAUGAUGCCCUGCGAUUACCAAUUAUUCAAGUACCUGGUGAGCGUUACGGGGAUUAUCCAUUAGAUCGCAGUCAAAUAAUGGUGUAUUAGAAGUGAAUUUAAAGUCAAGUGUUAAAACUGUUUUAUAUAUUG